AUAUGUUAUUUUUUUAUAGAUGAAGGAAAUUAAUGAAGUGUUUCAUAGUAAUGGUGUCAUAUGAUAUAAAUGAUAAUAUAAUUUUAACUAAUUAUGCCAAGAACAUGUUAAGACCCUUAUAUUUUGAUUAAAUUCAUUUAUAAAUUGUGAAUGUCCAAAUUUUAUACUGGUGUGUUCAACAUAUAUUGGGAUAGUACAUAUCCAUCUUCCUAGACUUUGGCGUCUUUUUAAAAAAGUAUGAAAAAUGGAUCCUAAAGAAUCAUCUGACAAAAUCUAUCUUAUGAGAAAUGUAUGGCAUAAAAGUGAAAUGGAGAAUUACUGAGUUUACAAUAUGAGAGUAGAUGCUUCCCGGAGAUGUCUGUAUUAGAAGGCAGUAAGAGCAUUCGACUAACCAAUUUAGCGGGGGUCUCCAAACUGAGCACCGCAAAUCCCGGCCCCCACAGUUUAUUUUGAUCACAUUUUACAGUUUAAUUCAAGUUAAAAAUAAUGUAACUUCUGAAUGUAAAGGAAAUACAAGAGUACCUCGUGAUAGAGAACUUUUUUCAAUACAUCACCAGGAUUACGAAACCAGUAUGGCCCUUAUGCUAAAAAGUUUGGAGACCCCUAAAUUAAAGGGUGUGGUUGCUAUAAAUGAUCCAAAGUGGCCCAACGCAUUACUGGUUGACGAGCACCACUUGGGAUAUAUCAUCAACUUAUUAAAUUCCCACAAAGAAGCAAUUGAUACCCAAUGGGGUUAUGAAUAUGUUAGAAACCACAGCAGAGCUAUAAUUGUCAAAGAAGAAGAGGGACGUACAUCAAAUAUUCAAAUGAUGUCAUACAAAGAUUUAUUAAUUACGGAGAAUGAUAACAAAAACAAAGCAUACAGCUGUUGCUUGGAAUGUUCAUUGGGGUUCAUCGAUUACUCAAACCAACCUGAUAACAACUACAACCAAGUCUUCGUCUUCCAAGAUAACGUCACUAAGUUCACAAUUCUGAAACCUCUGCAAAAAAAAGAUAGAGACGAGAUAUCGCAUUGUUUAUUAGAAAUUUUUUCAUUAAUUGGUGUACCAGCAAAAAUAUAUACUAGUGAGAAGUCUUUAAUAAAAUCUGUUUUUAACAAAGAUAUUGGAAACUUUUGUCAAAACUUCUCAACCAAAAUCAAACAACCUAAAAAUGGAACUUUUCAGGAACAUGUAUGCAGCAGAAUAGAUGAAAAUAUAAAAGAAUGGAUGAAGUCUACAAUGUCUACUAAAUGGAGUCAAGGACUAUAUUUUGUCCAAUUCCGAAAUAAUUGUUACUUCAACGAGAUCAUAAACGCCGCACCAUUUUAUGCUUUGUUGAAACCUAGUUAUACUUAUUCUAGGAGGAAAUAUACAAGAUAUUUAUACCAGAAGAGAGAUCGUGACGAAACUCCACGUCCUUCUUAUAUAAAGCAUCCUGCAUGUUAUGGUACUGCAUGUUUUGGUAAUCGAGAAAUAGAAGGAACAAGCCACUUAUUAGAAAAAUAUUGUAGACAAGAUAUGAAAGAAAGUGGUUGUUCAUCACUAAAGGCACAAGGUGGUGAAACGAACAAUGACCGUGUCCUGGGAGUGGUACACGUAAAAGUUUUGGAUAAUGAAUAUCAACGGAACAUUCGAGAUGAUGAUCAUGAUCGAGCAAACAGCAUUAAUCUAGAAUACGGAAGACAAAUGGGAACGGUAAAUAAAAGUUGUUCUUACAAUAAGGACCAUGAGGAGGGGGGUUGUAAUAAUGAAGUAAAUACAUACAAAACAAAACAACGAAUCUGUGGUUCAUUAAACAAUGAAUUCGACCAGGUUAAAGAAUACAAUCAAAUUUUGGAAAAUAAGCCGAGUCACCUUAACAAUAUAUCGAAUUGUUUAAAUGAAGAAUUGUGUAAAGAAGUAAAACAUAACACCUUAAUGGAACAAGAACCCGAAUUCAACGUACUGAAAGAUGAUUAUUUUGAAAAUAUUGAACCUGAAAAAUAUUAUGAUUCAAUUAAUCCUCGAAAAGAGUCAUUGGAAGAUAAUAAAAAAAGAAAAUAUAGUAUAGGAAACGAUCGUUUAAAUAUGCCCGAGAAAUCAGCUCAUGUUCUCAGAUUAUCUAAUGAUCAGAACAAUUAUGUAGCUACGUCAAAGCUAAAACAAAAUGAUAAAGGUUUUGAAGUAGGAAAAGAUUUAUAUAAAAAACGUAAUGUUAGUAAUUAUGAAUAUAAACACCCUAUUGAAAAUAAGAAUCCAUUACGAAAUGAAAACAGUAAAACGUACUUGGAACCUACUGGUUUUAACUCCAAUAACGGUAAUGCCAUUGAAAACGUGGGAAAAAAACACCUCAAUUUGAAUGAAAACCUCACCCCCCAAGAAAAUAGUGCAAAAGGCAAUACGGUAAGAUUCGCUCACGACUGCCGGGGAAAACAAGUGUGUUCGACCUGCAAGAAAAAAAAGAGGCAUAAACCUGGCCUGAACUCUUUAAGCAAAACCAGUUUGGCAAUUGGUUCAACCGUACGGGUAAGGGUACCUGUGGCGGAGCGACUGAAGGGCUACCCAAAUUACAUUUUAGCGACUAUAAUAGAAGAAAAGGACAGGAUGUAUAAAGUGGCUACCACUAGAGGGAUUCUUAAGGAGAUGUUCAAGAGGGACCAGCUAAUCAUUUGUAACAUGUCUGUUUUGGACACUGGGGGAUUGACAACUACGAAAGCAUCUGAAACCGGUAAACCUCUCAAAUGCAAAGUAAAAGGCCCAUAAGAAAAUAAGAAAUAAAUACCCAUAAAGUAAAUAAGAAACUGUACCAAUAAUACUUAUGAAAGAAAAAAUAUUUUUUCCGAGCCUUAUUCAAUAACAGAAAUCCGAUGUUUUACUACUAAUAUUUAUUAGUUCAAUGUGUUUUGUUAUUAUGAAGAUUUCGUAACGGAAUUUAUAAAGUUAACUUUGUCGCUGUGAAUCCAAAUACAAUUUAAUUGGUCGAAUGCAGUAACAUACUUCAAAUAUUCAUAUUUAUGUAUUUUUGUUGGAUUAAAAAUUUAAUUUUGUGGAGAAGUACAAUUAAUCGAUGAAAACAACCUGAAUCAAAGCCAAGCCUGAUUGUGAGAUUUGUCUUAUGGUUAGAUUAGAUUUACAGUUAUGAAAUAUUAUUCUUUAAUUUAAUUUGGUUUGUAUUUCAGAGAAAGUUUCAUUGUGGCUAAAUUAAAAAAGUCUAAAUGUUGAAAAUUAUUCUUAUAAUAGUAAAACUAUGCUGUUUAAAAGAGAAUAUAAGUAAAUGAAAGCUUAAUUUAAAUUAAGAUUAAUUUAUGAUACGAAAACAUUUGUAAUAAAUAAAUUAAAAUAUGUCUUUAUUUUAAUAACAAUUAUAUUUGUUCAUUAAACAUUUGCGAAUAAAUAAUGAAUAUCAAUCAUAAAAUCAAAU